AUGAUGGCUAGAAGAGUCCCAGUGGUUUGCGCCCUGCUGGGUGCGGCGAAAGCAGCUUCCUGCCCUUGGACGGAGGAUUGGGAGUGGCAAGGCGCAUUCCACGCCCAUGAGGGCGGCAUGUUGCUUUGGAGUGCAGAGAAAGCGCCAGGCGCCUAUGCGGAUGCGUCAAUGCGGAUGGUGAUCCGCAGUGUCAGCAGCGCGAAUGAAGCCGGGGUUGAGGCCGCACACCAGGCCGCGCACGACAGUUGGAGCAACAGCACAGAGGUGCUGCCUGGCGCUGUGCUGAGCCCAGACAAUGCCUACACCCUGAAGUUUGACGCAGAUUCCUGGGUGAGCUUUUUCAAGAUUGAGGUGGAGGCUGAGGCGAACAUCGCCAUCUUCACUGAGCAUCUUCCGAAAGAAUUCGAGUCUCGCGUCCACUACCUUAUCAACGACCACGGGGAGGAAGUGCAGCCCGCCUUCCAGGAGUCCUCGGAAUCUUGUUCCAGCCCAACCACUUCAGGUAGCACCGACCGGACCGGAGAGGUCAUUGCGGCGGCGCUGGUGAUGAUGCUGCCAAGCCUUCUGGGUGCGCUGGCGCUGGUGUUCGCUUGCCCAGGCGUGCUGGGCUUGUUUCAUCAGCUCCUCCACUUCAUGAACGCGGCUGCCUCCGGCAUCCUCUUCUCCUUUGCCCUCUUUUUGCUCUUGCCCGAGGCGAGCCGUUUGCUGGCGGUCGGCAAGACGGAGGUAGAGGCCGCCGCCGCCUGGGGCAGCGCCGUGAUCGCAGGCUGGCUGAUGGGCUCUACCAGCCACUUGCUGGGCCAUGUGCUGCGCAGCUGGAAGGCGCAGGAUACGGUGCAAGUCGUCGAGAUUGAGAACGGGGGGAUCAUCCAAAAGGACUCUGGCGAGAAGGAGCAAGUCAGAGCAUCCAACUGGCAAGUGGCCACACCGCUUCUCUUUGGAGACGAUUUCUUCUGCAACCUCGCAGACGGUUUUGUCGUUGGGACCGCCUUCUUCGCAUGUGACGCAUCUUUCGCCUGGAAAAUCGUGGGCGUGAUCAUCCUCCACCAAACCCCGCAAGAGCUGGCGGACAUCUACGUGAUGAUCAGCAAGGCCAACUUCAGCUGGAAGAAGGCCACUCUGUUGAACUUCCUUUGCAGCCUUUCUGCCUUGGUGGGUGCCUGCAUCGCUUACAGCGUCCGGGUCAGCGUGGAAUUACAGGGCGCUAUCCUUGCCAUAGGUGCCGGGGUCUUCCUCUUCGUGGCCUGCACAGAGCUGGGCCCCGCAGUGGUGGCGGCCCAGAAGGAUGCUGCGAGGCCGCUGCUGAGCGGCCUGUGCACGAUGGCAACCUUCGUGCUCGCCGCGGUCUGCAUUGGCCUUGUGCUCUUGGGCCACGAGCAUUGCUCCGCUGCGGAGGGCUGGGCGGUGAAGCUGAAGCCGGAUCCGGCCACGAAGGCCACGGGCAUUGAGCCAGGCUCUCGCCACUGCGAGAGCACGCGCUGGGAGUGGCGUCCGUGUUCGAAGUUCUCUGUCCGAAACGGCUGUUUCAGAUUUGGGGAAUGGGUAUCUCGGCAUCAGAGCGGUCCAGGUCAAAGGUGA